GUUUUGAAAAGGCAUAAAAAGAGCGAGGAGCAUACUUUGCUACAAAACCAAAAAUAAAUAAAUAAAAUUGUGGCCUUCACUUGCAUUUAGCCAUUUACACCACACCACAUCUUUCUCUAUCUUUCCCUCUCACAUAGGGUCCUCUCAACGAAGCACACCUUCCAUGGCGGCAGGACUCUCAACCGCCGUUACAUUCAAACCUCUCCUCCGCUCUUUCUCCUCCGAUUUCCGCCUCCGCCUCCCGAAAUCCUCUGCCUUAUCCCUUCCGUCUCUCCGAUUUAAAGGCUUCUCGGUCUGUUACGUGGUCGACGAAAGGCGACAGUUCUCUCCGAUUGAGAACGAUGAGCGACCGGAGGAGAGCACUAGCUCCACCGCCAUAGACCCCGAGUACCUCGCUUUGCGUUUGGCUGAGAAAUUGGAGAGGAAGAAGUCGGAGAGGUUUACUUAUCUUAUCGCUGCCGUGAUGUCGAGCUUUGGUAUCACUUCCAUGGCCGUUAUGGCUGUUUACUACAGAUUCUCUUGGCAAAUGGAGGGAGGUGAGAUCUCAAUGUUGGAGAUGUUUGGUACAUUUGCUCUCUCUGUUGGUGCUGCUGUUGGUAUGGAGUUCUGGGCAAGAUGGGCUCAUAGAGCUCUAUGGCAUGCUUCUCUGUGGAACAUGCACGAGUCACAUCACAAACCAAGAGAAGGAGCAUUUGAGUUAAACGAUGUGUUCGCCAUAGUAAACGCAGUUCCAGCAAUUGGGCUGCUCUCUUAUGGAUUCUUCAAUAAAGGACUCGUUCCUGGUCUCUGCUUUGGCGCCGGGUUGGGAAUAACGGUGUUUGGGAUCGCAUACAUGUUUGUCCACGAUGGUCUGGUGCACAAGCGCUUCCCCGUAGGUCCUAUUGCCGACGUUCCUUACUUACGAAAGGUCGCCGCCGCUCACCAGCUACAUCACACAGACAAAUUCAAUGGUGUACCAUAUGGGUUGUUUCUUGGACCUAAGGAAUUGGAAGAGGUUGGAGGAAAUGAAGAGUUAGAUAAGGAGAUAAGUCGGAGAAUCAAAUCAUACAAAAAGAGCUUGGGUUCCGGAUCGAGUUCUUGACUUCUAAAAAAAAUAAAAUAAAAAAGAAAUCAAACAAAGUUUUUUUAAAUCCCAAUUUUUGUGUUUGUCCCUCCUCUAUCAUGAUCAUCUGAUGAGGGUCUAUGUGGAUAAAUCAUAUAUGCCGAUUUCGAUUUUUAAAUGAAUAUUUUGAUUUUAAUACUAGAAAAUUAAUCUAAUUAUACAA